AUGGAUUGCAAACGCUGUUUAUCGCAAAAUACGGACGAAAAUUCUGUUGCUGGACUCUUAUCAAGUUGUCCUGUUCUCAAAUACUUAUAUGUGGUACGAAGUAACGAAGACAAUGUAACAAAUUUCAAUGUAAAAAUAUCUUCUCUAGAGACCUUGGUAUAUGUGAACGAUUAUAAAGAAGAUUUUGGAGAUA